AUGAGAGGAAAAACUCAACACUCUGUAAAACCAGCUGGUUUGAAUCGUCAAAAUGUUGUAUAUCGUGAUGUUAAUUUUCACGAUUACGUCAAUAAUAAUCCAGAUAUUCUUUUGAGUGGAAUUGGAGAAUAUCGAUAUGUGAAAACUUUAGGGGUAGGCAAGUUUAGUCAAGUAAACUUGGCAACGCAUAUUGUGACUGGAGAAGAGGUUGCCGUAAAAAUAAUAGAUAGGACAGCAUAUGAUCAAAGAAUUUUUAAACGCCUCUAUCGAGAGGCCUUUCUACUGGAACAAUUAAACCAUCAGAAUAUUAUACGUUUAUACGAAGUGAUCGAAACAAAAUACACUGUAUUUUUAAUAAUGGAAUAUGUUGACGGCUAUAACCUGGAAACUUUUCUUGAUUUCCAUCAAGGAUUUAUGGGCGAAGAACAAGCACGGAAUAUUUUUAGUCAAUUGGUCGAAGCUGUUCGAUUUUGUCAUAUGAAUCACAUCGUGCAUAGAGAUUUGAAGCCGCCGAAUGUUUUAAUAAGUAAAGAAGGAAUUGUAAAAUUGGCAGAUUUUGGAUUAGCAAAUAAAUAUAGCGAUGAUUCACGAUUAAUGACAUUAUGUGGGUCAAUGUUAUAUUAUUCACCGGAAAUUGUUUGUGGCUUGAAAUACAAAGGACCCGAGGUUGACGUCUGGUGCUUAGGUGUCCUUUUAUACAGAAUGGUGACUGGUGGUGAUCCUUUUAAGGCAUCCACGGUCGGAGAACUAAAAAAACAAAUUUGUAGUGGUCGAUAUCGCAUGCCAAAAAUAUUAAGCAAUGAACUUCAAUCAACCAUUCGAAAAUUACUUAAUGUAGAUGGUGAACAACGUGUUUCUCUUGAUAUUCUCAAUGACGAUCCUUGGUUAUAUCCAACUUGUUUUGCAACACCUGCAUCUACAACAUCAUCGUAUUAUUCCUCAAUAUCAAAAUACCUUGAAGUGAAACCAUAUCAGGUGAAACGCAUCGUCUAUUGUGACGCGCGAAAAAGCACAAGAAAUUCACACGUACCAAUUCAUAUAAAUGAUGCUUGCCAUGAUAUGGAGUUAAACCUUUUCCAUUUGGGCCAUGAAUUACGAUUCGGGUUCUCAAUUUUACGAAAAUUACGCGCUCGCGAGUUCACUUGCUAUUAUAGUAUAUGUAGACCUACCCCAGUUGGAGAAAUUCUAGCAAUUGUCGCUUCUGCAUGUCAAUUACAUGGAAUCUCUUAUACCUACAAAAAUUCAACAACUCUUGAAUGCGUAUAUCGUCGAGCAAUACACAAUAAGGCAAAUCAAGUCGAGAAAACCACAUUAUUUGAAAUUUCCAUAUGUGACCCAAGCAUAAAAGUCCAACUCGGCAAACUGUGUUUUUCGAAACAAAAAGGAAGCGUAAAAGCUUAUAAGCGUGCAUGUGACGCGAUUGUAAAAUCGAUGAGUGUAGCACAAAAUAACGAAUAA